CAAACACCAUUCUUCACCUUAGCACACCUUUGACCUUACUUACAGCAGAGAGUAGAGAGAGAGAUCUAUAAAUACUAACAUCGUAUUCUUCUUAUUGCUUGUUGCACUUGUGGUUUGCCACUGAAAAAUCCUUUAUUCAACUCUCCUGGUUCUAAACCGAGAGGAGAGAACGAGGGAGGGAAGAGAAAAAGAGAGGAGGGAGAGAGAGAGCGUUUCUUUGUGUAGUUUCUGUCAUUACACAAUGUGGAUGAUGAGUUAUAAUGAUGGGGCAGAGUUCAACAUGACAGAUUCUUUCAAUGGCCGCAAGCUUCGCACCCUUAUUCCAAGGCCAUCAACUGCUGCUUCUCCGAAUACUGCAACUGCAAACUCACCAUAUUUAAGCCAUAUCCAUGGCACUGAUGUUCUUGCCCUAAAUCACCAUUUGGCAACUGUGGCUGAGCAAAGUAAGAGGGAAUUCAGUACACAGCAGGUUGUAGUGAGCUCACGGUGGAAUCCAACUCCGGAGCAGCUACAAACCCUUGAAGAAUUGUAUCGACGAGGAACACGAACGCCUUCCGCUGAACAAAUUCAACAUAUCACUGCACAACUUCGCCGAUAUGGAAAGAUUGAAGGGAAGAAUGUUUUCUACUGGUUUCAGAAUCACAAGGCUAGAGAGCGCCAGAAACGCCGGCGGCAACUUGAAUCAGUUUCUGAUGAACAACGCGGCAAUGUUGAAAUCAUAGAAAGAAGAGAACCAGGGGCAAAUAGGACAGGUUUUGAAGCUGAACAGACCAAGAACUGGGCACCCCCUACAAACUGGAGUACACUUGCAGAGAAAACUGUUUCAAGACAAAGGACAGCUAAAGCAGCAGUGCCAGAAUUUGGAGCAGAUGGAUGGGUACAGUUCGAUGAGGGAGAAUCACUACAAAGGAGGAGCUUAGCAGAAAGGAAUGCCACGUGGCAAAUGAUGCAGCUGUCUUGUUGUUCUUCUACCCCUCUCAUAAAUUCUGGUGCCACCAUCACAGCCCCGUCAACAGUUACAGCAAUGGACCAAAGCCUCUUUAUGAUUCAAGAUCCUAACCAGUUGCUAAGUGUCAGCAACGAUAGUGUUGAUGAAGCUUCCGGUGGGGGCUCUCAAACUCUCCAACUGUUUCCUCUGCGGAGUGGUGAUGGUAAUCACAAUGGCAGUGUUGCCGAGAAGGAGUCUGAUGUAUCCACUGAGACCAUGAACGCUAACUUUACUCCUUACCAGUUCUUUGAGUUUAUCCCAUUGAAGAACUAAAAGGCAGGUGACUUUUGUGGUUGUUGAAGAGGGGGGGGCUUUCACUUUGCUGUGUAUGUAAACUGAUGGGUUGUGUUUAGAACUUUAGAUUUUGUAUUGUGGUUAGAAAUUGGGGAUGUUAAUGUUUAUUGUAGUUGAUGCAACAUGUCAUGGAGGAUGCAAUGGCAGAAUUUGUGGGUAUGAAAGAAGGUUGCCUUAAAAUGCAUUAGGACCAUGUUGGUUGAAUCGAUGAAAAGCCACAUUAUAGAAAAUAUCACAGGGCCCUUUCAUGGCAGAUAUAGGCCUGUUUCCACCAGGUAUGUCAUGUAAGAUUAAUGCAUGAGAGAGAGAGAGAGAGA